CAGUUCUAAUCUCCUGAAUAUCAUGGGUACGUCAGAAAAUAAUGAUGACAUGGUUCCCCUUAACUCGCUACCAGAAGAAAAGCACAAGACCAUAGGACUGGGACCUUUCAAAGUCAAUCUGAUCCUAGCAAACAUAUUUUUUGCGUUUUUGGCAGUCGGCGGUGAAGUGGGGCAAAAUGUCACCCUACCUUUGUGGAUUGAUUCGUCAAUUCCGCCACCAUCUGGUCAUCUAGUCCACAAUUCCUUUAACCACACGAAUGAUACCGGUCAUCUCAUGCGCAAUGGUUAUUCCACCAACCAUAUCAACUCCUCAUCUGGCAGUGGUGAUGUAUAUCAACCUCGAGUCGACGCAUUUUUUGUCUAUACUUUUGCGUCCAUGGCAUUUGUCAUGUUAUUCGGAGGUGCUUUACUUUUCAUUCGCCUGUUUCAACCGCAUCUGCUCGGCGAGACAGAACGAAGGUUUCCGCACUCGCAGCUCUUUCUAGUCGGUCUCUUCGAUGCAUUGAAUGGAACUCUGGUCGUCUAUGCCAGCAGUGGAAGGCGAACGGCGCCGUACUUGCAAGCGAUUUUGGGGAAUUUCAUGAUACCUCUCAUAAUGGCAUUUCGGUGAGUAAAAGCAUAUUCAUACAUGUCCAGCAUGUUGGACAAACAUUACAAAUUACAGAGCGGAGAAUAAGGCAUAAAGGCCUGACUCUACGAUGGCGAAAUUCUGACUAUUGUGUCAGCGAAAUACGGAUGGUUGCACAUAAGCGAUUCUAUUGAAUUUUCCAACUUUUUCCACUUUCGCAGUGAGUAGAACUGACUUCUACUCACUGGUGAAGCGAAAUUUUUCUCGCGAAGCCUAAUUUAUCUUUACUGCGCACACACCAAAUUCAUUUCGCGCGAAAUAUUUCGCAUUCCGCGAAGAAAGCGCACGUGGAAUCAGGCCUUUGGAACUGCAUGUCACAUAAAGUACCUCAUACACCAUAAUUUGCAUUUAUAUUUUAUUGGUAAGAAUGUUUACUGAAACUACAGAGCAACUUCGUUUCCACAUUUUUGUUCUUUUGCUUCGUUUUUGUGAGUUAUUUCAAUAUGUUUGACACGUCUUCCACUUAUCACGGACACCAUCUGUUGCGCGGUUGUGUAAUUGUGGUAAAACCCACCCAUAUAUAGUACGAAAAUUCAAUACUUCACAGUUGUACUUCAUAUUUCAUUCAACUUGCUUAUUUAGAUAUUUCAUUCUUCGCAAAGUGCCAACACUUCGGAAAUUCUCCUGUGCCAUGAUUGUAUUGGUUUCAUUAUUCAUCUGCCUCAUUCCCAAGAUAUUUCCCUCUAUUGACCCUGAAGCUGCUAGAUUUGGUGGAGCCAGUGGGGUGGCAGGGUUUCUGUGGCCAUUGUGUUUCAUGUUUGGUUUUGUAAGUUAAAUUUUUUCUGUUUUAGAAGUAGUAAUCGCUGAAGUGAAGAAGUUAUUAUUACAUGCUGUUGUUGUUGUUGUUGUUGUUAUUGUUGUUGUCGUCGUCGUCGUUGUUGCUGUCGUUGUUGCUGUCGUUGUUGUUGAUUUCGUUGUUGUUGUUGUUGCUGCUGUGGUUGUUGUUAGUGUUGGUGUUCUCGUUGUUGCUGUCGUCGUCGUUGUUGUUGUUGUUGUUGUUGUUGUUGUUGUUGUUGUUGUUGUUGUUGUUUUUGGUGUUGUUGUUGUUGUUGUUGUUGUUGUUGUUGUUGUUGUUGUUGUUGUUGUUGUUGUUGUUGUUGUUGUUGUUGUUGUUGUUGUUGUUGUUGUUGUUGUUGUUGUUGUUGUUGUUGUUGUUGUUGUUGUUGUUGCUGUUGCAUUACAUAAUUCUAUAAUAAAUUUCUAUAUUGUUUCAGAUUCCCAUGGCAUUGAUGAACGUUAUUGAAGAGCGAGGCCUAAAGAUGCAAGACAGUUUGUCAGAACAACAAGUCAACAUUGUGUUCUUUCUGUUCUGGUCAUCCACAUAUGAACUUUUUGUUUUCUUAUCGAUCUUCUGGCUGGACUUUGUUCCCGUGUUUGGCUAUGCCGAUAACUUUACUCAUUUUCUGGAUAAGUAUGUUCAUCAGCGUUGAUAAUAAUAACAUUAAUCAAAUGAAUAAUCUUACUAGACGGCUAAUGCUGAUCUGGUGGUGAAUGCUGGUCGCGUGGCUCUCAGAUUCAGUAAUAUCGGUG